GCCAGCGGCACGGGCGCGCGGGCCGCCGUCGCCGAGCGAUUCCCCGCCCCGCCGGGUGCGCGGCCCCUUUAAGCGGGGGGCGCGGGCGCCGGCUCCGCACCCGCCGGGCCGGCAGCGUGGGGACCGCGGAGCCGGCGCCUCUCACGUUGUGUCCGCUUCGCUCUCCUCGCCCGCGGGAAGCCCGGGGCGGGUCCGCGGCCGCGCUCGCCGUCGCCAGCGGGGGCCGGGCGGGGCCGUAGCGCAAGGGGCCGGGGCCGGGGCCACGCGCGCGCUCGCGCCGCAGGCCGGAGCCGCCCGCCCGGAGCCGCCCGCCGGGAGCCGCCCGCCCGGGUCGCCGCCGGGAGCCGGCCGCGGGGAGGAGGCCGCGCGGGGCGCGCGCGGGGAGCCGCCGCCGCUCGGCGCGCGCUGGGGGAAGAUGGCGGCUCCCUCGGCCGGCAAGGCAGCCUCGCUGGGCGGCAACAACAAGCCCGCCUGCCCGGAGCUGGACUUCAGGUCGGGGGCCCGCGUGGAGGAGCUCAACAGGCUCAUCCAGGAGUUCGCCAGGCACGACCAGCGCGAGUAUGACGACCAGCGGGCGCUGGAGAUUCACACAGCCAAGGACUUCAUCUUCUCCAUGCUGGGGAUGGUGCAGAAGCUGGACCAAAAACUCCCAGUGGCCAAUGAGUACCUGUUGCUUUCUGGAGGAGUCCGGGAAGGCGUGGUAGACCUGGACUUAGAUGAGCUUAAUGUCUAUGCCCGAGGAACCGACUACGAUAUGGACUUCACUCUUCUGGUGCCAGCCCUUAAGCUUCAUGACCGUAAUCAGCCUGUGACGCUGGAUAUGCGCCACUCAGCCUUGUGCCACUCUUGGCUGAGCCUUCGGCUCUUCGAUGAGGGGACGAUCAGUAAGUGGAAAGACUGUUGCACCAUCGUGGAUCACAUCAAUGGGGCCACCAACUACUUCUUCUCCCCAACCAAAGUGGCCGACUGGUUCUAUGAGUCCAUCAGCAUUGUCCUAUCAGAGAUACAGAAGAAACCCCAGCGAGGGAUGCCAAAGGUGGAAAAGGUAGAAAAGAAUGGGACCAUCAUCUCCAUCAUUCUGGGUGUGGGGAGCAGUCGCAUGUUGUACGAUAUUGUCCCAGUGGUCUCUUUCAAAGGUUGGCCGGCAGUGGCCCAGAGCUGGCUCAUGGAGAACCACUUUUGGGAUGGGAAGAUCACCGAGGAAGAAGUCAUCAGUGGGUUUUACCUGGUGCCUGCUUGCUCCUACAAAGGAAAGAAGGACAAUGAGUGGCGGCUGUCCUUUGCCAGGAGCGAGGUGCAGUUGAAGAAGUGCAUCUCCAGCAGCCUCAUGCAGGCCUACCAGGCGUGCAAAGCCAUCAUCAUUAAACUCCUGUCCCGGCCCAAGGCCGUCAGCCCGUACCACCUGCGGAGCACGAUGCUCUGGGCCUGCGACAGGCUCCCUGCCAGCUAUCUGGCCCAAGAGGACUACGCAGCCCACUUCUUGCUGGGCCUCAUCGAUGACCUGCAACACUGUCUGGUCAACAAGAUGUGUCCCAAUUACUUCAUUCCUCAGUGCAACAUGCUGGAGCACCUGUCCGAGGAGACGGUCAUGCUCCAUGCGCGGAAGCUGUCCUCCGUCCGCUCAGACCCAGCGGAGCACUUGCGCACCGCCAUUGAGCAUGUCAAGGCGGCCAACCGGCUGACACUGGAGCUUCAGAGGCGAGGCAGCACCACCAGCAUCCCCUCCCCGCAGUCGGAUGGAGGGGACCCCAACCAGCCCGAUGACCGUCUAGCCAAAAAACUGCAGCAGCUAGUGACUGAGAACCCCGGGAAGUCGAUCUCUGUCUUCAUUAACCCGGAUGAUGUCACAAGGCCCCAUUUCAGAAUUGAUGAUAAAUUUUUCUGAGCUUUUUGCUGCCUUUUUUUUCCCCCCGGUUCUAAAACUCUUAUAAUGUGUAGUGUGGUUUGUGCUGCCGUCUUUCUGUUUUUCACAUAUCCAGCCUAGAUUGGAUCUGUUAAGAACACAUUUUAAGUUUCCUGAUUCUGCAGGAUGGUGCAGGCUCUGAAACAGUAUAUUACUAUUUCAUAUUCUGCCUCUGAUUUUGUUGUUUACUUUUUGUAGUUGUUGUCACAUUGUUUUGGUGUUUGUUUUUUUAAGGAGAACUUGAGCCAUAGAUGAGAAUGCCCAUGAAUUCUCUCACUUUUUUCUGUUUCAUACUUUGUGCAAAAUUGUUAAUGGGAGUGGGAAAACAAAUCUCUUUCUGAUGUUUCAGGAUUCUCUUAAUUUUUUGUUUUGCUUUCUUGUCUUUAUUUUUUUCAAUGAGCGUUCAUCACUACAGAUAUUUGAAAAUCAUCUGAACCUGGGAACUGCCUGGUACGUUAGCUGGAUUUAUUUCUUUCGACCAGUGGCCAGGGUAGUUUCUCCUUCUCCGCCAAACAUUGUAGACUUUGGAAGUGAGAAUGCUACGAUUGUGUUUGGAGCAACUUCAUUGAAUGUAAUUGUCCUCAAAUCAGAACUUUGGAUGGUUUGGAAGGGUGUCUUUGACAACUUUCCAAAUAGAAUUAAGGUUUCCGUAAUGGUAGUUUUAGUGUGUGUAAUUAUUUGAAGCCUUAUUUAAAUUCUAUUAAAGAACAUACCGUUAUAAUUGUUAUUUGCACUAAUGAAUCCUUUUGCCGUUGUCGGAGUUCCAGUGUGUGUGUUUCAGUAUAAAUUGACAUCCACUAUUGAAAUGCCGUCAUUUCUUCAUUUAGCCCAUUUUUCUUAAUCAGUAGAAUGAUUCUUUGUGUUUGUUUAGUUCUCCUUUAAUUGUGGGGUCCUGUUUUGCCCUCUUUGAUAUUCCUGGUUCCUGUCUUACUGAGAGAAGUUUUUAAAGCUUUAUACCUGCGAAGUGACUUUAUCUGAAGCUGGGGAAAAUAUAUCCUUGAUACAGUAGUUGUCUUGGUAUAUACGAUUGAUCCUUGAACAACACGGGUUUAAACUGCACGGGUUCACUUACAUGUGGAUUUUUUUCACUCAAUGUAUUAAUUGAAUGUAUAGAUUUGGGACCGUGAGCAGAAGGUCAAGUGUAAAGGUAAAUGUGGAUAGUCAACCUCGCAGGGGUCGGUGUCCCUAACCCCUACAUUAUUCAAGGGUCAAUUGUAUUUCUUUUGACAUGAUAGAGGUAAGCUUUUUUGUAAAGUCUCUUUGCUUCUACUGAGAGUUUUGAGGAAAACUGGAAGGAAAAAUUAAUAUGAAUCCCCAAAUAGAAGAUCCGAUGCCUGUUCAAAAGCGUGUUUUGCUGUAGAGCAGGAACCAGGGAAUAACUGUGGGUGUCAGCCUUGGUAUAGAGGUGUCCUGUCUUCACGAAUGACAUUGCUUGCCAGGUUGAGGUGCUGCAAGGCACCGGCUUCCUGCUUUGGUAUGGACUCAUGGCAAACUGUAGUGUUGGGGAGGUCAGAGGCCUGCCAGUCUCUCAAAGGAUGACCGUGAUGUCUGCUAUUGGAAAGGUCAAGCAGCAUUUUGAUUUUGAUCUCGAAUGUCCAGUCUCACGGGUUGGAUUUUGGCCAAUUGAAAUCAGGCAUAUGCGGUCUUGGUUUUUGCAUGGUAAUUAUUGUAAUGCUUAUAAAUGAAAAUGAAAUCAUUCAGCCAUCUUAAGUCAAACAAAAAUAAUAAUAAAAAAAGCAUACUGGCCUUGGAACUUUGUUGUUGUUUGUUUGUAAUCUGGAAACUAUUUUCAUAUUAGUAAUGCCAACAGUAAUUCUCAGUAGAUAUAGCCCUGGGCUUGCUGUUGUCUUUCAAGCCAGAUGUCUAUGUAGUGAACAUCCAGUAGUCAUUCUUCCUUUUCUCCAACUUUCCUACUAAUAUCUUCCUAUCCUCCACACAAUCUAUGUCCUUCUUGGGAAAUGACUUCACCCCCAGCCCCAGACAUGCACCCUGACUGGUGCAGGCCAAUAAAUGUAACCGUUUCCCUGGCCACAAUCAGUAGUUAGAGACAGGGCAUACAACGUCAGCUGCUCCAUUCAAGGACCUCCUCGGGAUUCUCGCUUGAGAUGCUGGGGCAGCAACAUGCACCCUGGAUAUGGAAGAGGAAGUACUUGGAUUUGCUCUCAGUACCGUAAACCUAGAGCUCUUAAGUCAGACAUUGUUGAAGGUGAGUAGAAAUGAUGUAGUCUGAUACCUUUUCUUGUCUGAAGCAUAAGCAAAUCAUUGACUUACUAACCUUGUAUCCUCUGAAGCUCAGAAGAUUGGUUAAAAUAAGAUUGGACCUGGUUUCUGUUUCAAGUAUAAUAUGAAAUGCCUUAAGGCAGCAGUCAUCAUUUUAAUAUUACUCACACCUGCUUCUUUGGGUUGUGGGAACUUAUAAGCUAUAACUCAACGGGAUUUCAGUUCUCUGACGGGAGCUGGUUUCACGUAUUUUAAGAGUAGAUUCUCCUGAACCCUAUGGCUUUCUCAUCUGCAGUGGAAGAUCCAAAGAUGCAAGUAAAGUUUGGUUUCAGAGUGGAUGGAGCCGAACAGGGCGAGACAUUUUAAAAAUAAGAAUAUCCCUGAAAUUACUGUGCAUAGUUAUUUCAGAAGAAAUGAGAGGCAGGUAUAUGUGGCUAAUUUUACUUCCAGGUGGAGAUGUGAGCCAACAGGGAGGAGGCUUUGGGGGUUUGUUCUUCAACAAUACACACACACACACACUUGCUUUCACAUCACGAAUUGGAGGUUUGUUUAAGGUGUUUUGUAACACUUCCUGGAAGGAAUAAGCCCAUUGGCUAGUCAUAGCUAAGUGUUCAUGAUUUUGGAUCAGAUCAUUACCUUGCUGAGAAAAAUGUCCUUACUUGGAGUUCAGCCUUGGACAGGAUGGCCAAGAAGGAAAAGGAAGGCUAUGCUUAGCAAGCUGCUGGGUCCGGGGGUUUUCCUGCUGCUCCAGAGUUCAGCAGUGGUCCUUGGGGAAGGUACUGAACUCCAUCCUGAUAAGCUCUCUCCAGAACCUCUUCCUUUGAGUCACCCAAGGGACUUCUUGUGUGGCUAUUCCCACGUGGUCAUUUACUAGGGGGUCAAGGAAAGAUUCCCUAUGUUCUAAUCUGGAGGGUAAACCUUUGUUACCAUUAAUUGGAGCACUAACUACUACUUCUACUAAAGGAAGAGGAUGGACAUUAUUUCCUGUUCCUGUUACUUUAUUAAAUGUUAGGUGAAUACAUAUGUAGUUUUAAAGUGAAUUGAUGUAUUAAUGCUCCUCUCUGAGAAAAAAUAGCCAGUUUUGAAAAGGUACCUCUUAUGCUAUAAUUUCCUCAAUAGGUAAACAAAAAAUGGAUGAUCGAAACAUUGUUUAGAAUGAAUAUUUGCCAAUGGAGAAUUAUUUGCAACAUGUCUAAAGUUAUACCUUCUGUUAAUUAACUGGAAAAAUCUCUCUUUUCAUUUUUUUAAGAAAACAUACAUUAUACGUGGUAGAAAUCAAGCUAUAAAAAUGUAAUUCUUUUUCUCCCUCUAUGCCCAUUUUAUAAUGAUAUCCUAUUAGCAAUAAGUUAAAAGCAACAUGUUUAAUAAACUGCAGCAUUUGCCAUAUGGCACUGAACUUUUACGCUCAUGUGGUGUGACCCUGGCUUUCUUAGUUUGGGUUGGCAGUUUUCAGUCCACAGUUGGGUCCCGACACUCAUCACAUGCCUGGGUCUGUGUGGUUUAGAAUAAUGAAGUGUCAGAAAACUCAAAAUAGUAAUCUCCCACAUAAAAGCGUUGUUGUUCAAAGAUCUUUAAAGAUACAUUUAGCCUUAACUUGGUAUGGCAGCUGAGGUGAAAGUGUUUACGUCUCUAGGCCACGUUCCCUCUCUUUUCAGGACGAGUGGGUUCUUAAUGUGACUUGGGAAAGAUGGGCACAUUUUUCAUCUGCCAUCUUCUGUUCCACCAACUUAUCACAGAAGCUUAAGGGGGUAAGUGUGGGUAGAAGUAAAAACUUGUUUCCUUGACCUCACAUGCUUACCUGUAAAAUGCAGACUUGAGGCUGUUCCCUGCCUUUCUGGCUUUCACAAUCGAAGAUGACCUCUGUUUCCAAAAUAAUCUCUAUGUUAGAUUUAUAAAUCCAUCUAUUUACACACACAGAGUAUUCAUUUCUGCAGAAUAUCAUUUUUAAAAACUCUUAUUUAUUGUACCAGCAUAUGUAGGGGGCACCGCAGACAUUUACUGAAUACUUGCCAGCAAGAAUACCUUCUUGCUAGAUGCUUUUACUCACGAACCCAUUUAUGUCCCACAGUAACUAAACAUUUAAGGAAACCACUAUUCAGACAUUAGAUUACUUGUUCAAAAUUCCGUAGACAAUUAAGUGGUAGGGCAGGACCAACAUUUGGAACCAUUUGUCUGUUUCCACAAUUAAGAACUUUUUACUAUGCCACUCUGCCUCUGAUAUUAGCAUCUACUCUUAUUAUUCACGUUAAAUUCUCUUCUGUGCGUUUAUACAGGAUCUGCAUUUAGAUAAAAGGUAAAGCAUAAAUAACAGAACCUGGGGCAAACUUUUCUUCAGAGCUUUUCAUCAGCAGAGUAAAUGCAUCCCUUAGAGAAAGUUAAUUUUCUGUCUCUGACAGAUCCUGGGAGGAGAGAGAUGACCAUUGUGGGAAUGUUUCUGGUUGGGAUAAGGCAUGGACCAAAUACGAACUAGCAGGGUCACCUAUGACGUAUUCUUGCCAACAGUGCAUUUAUUCACAUUUUCGUUAUACCCUUUCCUUCAUAUGGAAU